UGACAGCUGCCUUGGAUGCCAGAGGAGGAGAGGAACUUCCUGUCACUCCGGUCUCUCCGUCUCCAAUAAUGGCGGACACGUGUGGACAAAUAGUGCUGGGUUCAGGGCUCACCGUCCUUUCCCACCCUCUGAUGUACAUCAAAGUCCUGGUCCAGGUUGGGCAUGAGCCUCUCUCUCCCACCAUGGGCAGGAAUAUAUUUGGAAGACAAGUCUACCAACUACCUGGACUGUUUGCUUAUGCAAAACACAUCAUCAAGAUAGAUGGCAAAGCGGGUCUAUUUAACGGGCUGGCCCCAAGGCUCUGUGCUGGCACCAUUGGCACGGUUGUACACAGCAAAGUUGUGCAGAGAUGUCAAGAACAAGGCAAAUUUCAGGUAAUGGGCAGUGGUCAGAGGGCUGAGGAUGGCUCCCUAGAGAAUGUUGUCAAUGAGACAACCAAAGAGAUGAUUGCUCGCUCCUGUGCCACCAUCGUCACACAUCCCUUCCAUGUGAUCACUUUGCGAUGCAUGGUCCAGUUUAUCGGGAGAGAAACAAAAUACAGUGGUGUGUUUGACUCCAUCAUCACCGUCUACAGAGAAGAAGGCAUCAUGGGCUUCUUCGCUGGUUUGAUCCCUCGCCUACUAGGAGACGUCCUGUCUCUGUGGAUCUGCAACCUGCUGGCUCAUCUCAUCAAUACGUACGCCAUUGAUGACUCAAUGAGUCACACAGGAGAAAUCAAGAACUGCUCUCAGGCUGUGACAGGGUUCUUUGCUAGUAUGCUCACAUACCCUUUUGUUUUGGUGUCAAACCUUAUGGCUGUGAAUAACUGUGGGCUUGCCGGAGGCCUUCCUCCCUAUGCAUCAGUAUACCCCACCUGGGUGGACUGCUGGAGGCAUCUAAGCAAAGAGGGCAACAUGAGCAGAGGCAACAGUUUAUUUUUCCGGAAACUUCCAGCAGGAAAGACGUACGCAAUCGACCAGAAGAGAUUUUUUUAAAGCCUUGAAGGAACUGACCAUAAUAUAAUUGUAAUAAUAUAAAAAUGGCAUUGCCUGAGCUGGGGGUUGGACAGUCAGCACUUCUUUUUGUAUGCACUUGUUUACGAUGAGUACUUUUUUUUUCCUAAACAGUCUGCCAUCAAGUAAUACUAAAAAUUGCAUUAGUUUCCAGCAGGGUGUGCUGGAUUGAUUGGAAUCCAUUGGAGAGUUUUAUUUUGAUAACAUGUAGAAAUUUCUAUCCAGUGAAACUGCAGGAUGGUAACAUGAUGAAAUGGAGCAACAUGACAGUUCACCUUUUUUAAAAAAGAAAAAAAACUAUCAACACUAGGAUGGCUGGUGCUGUGAAACUACUUGUCUGCCUCUUGCUGUGACAGACCAAUGCGUACGUGUCACCCCCUCUCCUUAUAUAUAGAUGGUCCAUCAGUAAUGAUGUCGACCUGUGAUGGGAAUUGUUUGCUAAAAACAGUACCUAAAUCUGCAUGUGGUAAUGUCUAAAUAAUUCACAAGUUAAUGGGAAAGUGGGACCUCCUCUUGUCAUGUGGUAUUGUCUUGAUGUGUUAAUCAUUCUAAAACCUCACUGCUGGGUCCAGGGCUAGGCAGGUAGUAGUGCUAACGAUUGAGGAAAAGAUGUAAUUGACGGUGCUCGGACAGCGACCUGUAGGGCCGCACAGCAGUGUGGAGAGUAGCUUGAGCUGACCAAAAUGUCUCUGGCCUUCUGAGUAGUCAAGUGCUUGUAUCAACUCAUUCUGACUGACCCAAUUAAAGACUGCUUUUUUGACCUUG